AAAACACACAAACACACACACACACAGGUCGAGUGCCAGCAACCCUGUCAAGUAGUGUCCAAAUUAGUGAUCAUAGCUUUGUUUCAGACAGCACAACACUAAUGGAUUCUGGACCUCCGCUUUCUCUGUCACUCUUCGUAAGGGUGUUUCUGAUUUCUGCCACAGCAUCAGCACUCAACCUUGAAGGGGAACUAUUUAAGGAAUUGAUGAAGGGUUACAACAAGAACGUGCGGCCCACGGAGAAGAGCGGUGACAUCACUCAGGUCAACAUCAAGAUGACGCUGACCAACCUCAUCUCCCUGAAUGAAAAGGAGGAAGCCCUGACAACCAGCGUCUGGAUAGAAAUGCGAUGGUGUGACUACAGGCUCAGAUGGGACCAACCGCCCAGGUCAGCUCUGUAUGGGAACAUCACCUCUGAGCUGAGGGUCCCCUCCAAGAGCAUCUGGCUGCCAGACAUCAUUCUGGAGAACAAUGUGGAUGGACAAUUCGAGGUAGCACUUUACUGCAAUGCACUCGUGUCUUCUAACGGCUGUGUGUACUGGCUGCCCCCUGCCAUCUACCGCAGUGCUUGUACCAUCACCGUCAACUACUUUCCCUUUGACUGGCAGAACUGCACCAUGGUCUUCCGCUCCCAGACUUACAGUGCCAAUGAGAUCGAAAUGGUUCUCAAAGAGGAGGAUAACCACACGUUGGAGUGGGUGGAUAUCGACCCACAGGCUUUCACAGAAAAUGGAGAGUGGGUCAUCAAACACAGGCCUGCUAAGAAGGUGAUCAAUACUCAGUUCACUAAGGAUGAGCUGGAGUACCAGGAGGUGGUCUUCUUCCUCAUCAUCCAGAGAAAACCCCUCUUCUACAUCAUCAACAUCAUCGCCCCCUGUGUGCUCUUCUCCUCCCUCUGCCUCCUUGUCUACUACUUACCUGCCAAAGCCGGGGGUCAGAAGUGCACCAUGUCUGUUGCCACUCUUCUGGGCCAGACUGUGUUCCUCUUCCUUAUCGCCAAGAAGGUUCCAGAGACUUCGAAGGCAGUGCCUCUUAUUGGAAAGUAUUUGAUGUUUGUGAUGUCAGUGACCACCAUGGUAGUGAUGAACUGUGUGAUAGUCCUCAACGUCUCCCUGAGAACCCCAAACACUCACAUAAUGACAGACAAAGUUCGAAAGAUCUUCCUAAACAUCCUGCCUCGGCUGCUUAGGAUGCAGAUGCGACCCUGGACACCAAACAAUGGCAACACCUCACACACUGUAAACGGUGAAACUCUGGUUACAGACAGGAGCGGCGUGUUCCUGCUCCCCUGCCGACGCCGCAGCUCCAUGAGCCUCAUCACCAAGGCGGAGGAAUAUGUGAAGAAAACAGCUCGGUCUGAACUCAUGUUUGCCAGACUUAAAGAAAGAAACGGAUUGAUGAAAUCAGUAUUAGAGAAGCUACAUGAUGGGCUGGAGGGGGGUACAGCUGAGCAGCUCAGUGUCAGCCUGGCAAAGGCCUCUCCUGAACUGAAGCAGUGUGUGUCCUCCUGCAAACACAUUGCUGAGACUGCAAAGCAACAGAGCAACUUCCAGAAUGAGAAUGAAGAGUGGUUCCUGGUCGCCCGUGUGAUCGACAGGGCCUGCUUUAUUGUCAUGGCGUUGUUGUUUUUCAUUGGCACAAUCGGAAUCUUCCUGAUGGGCCAUUUCAACCAGCCUCCCUCCUCACCUUUCCUCGGGGAUCCCAAGAAGUAUCUCCCUCCAACAAACAAUCUAACAAGUCUGUCUCAGUUAGAUCAGUUUUGAUCUAUCAGAUCAGUUAGAUCUGUUUUGAUCUAACUGAGAGAAGAUACCGCUGUGUGUUUUAAUUUGGUAGUGUGGGUCUGUGGACUAUAACAAAGUCAAAAGUGCCACAGCACAGAUAUGUGGACGCCACGCUUGAUCUGUGAUGACGCAUACCAGCAUCAGCUGUGACUGAUUGUUGAGGUUGAAAAUGUUUUUGCAUAAAAUGCUGUAUAAGAAAAAAAGAGCAAUUUGUAAGUUUACCUUUUCACCUGCUGUUGAUAAAAUUCAAGGCAAUCAUGAUAAACAGCUUGAGACGUCUGUUGAUGACACACAUAAACAGUGAACGGUAGCCAAAUGUACCAAAUAAAUGCUUUUAUCAAUAAAGGUAGUAGUAUCUUGUGCACACUCUCAGACAUGUCUAAAUCCCCCUGUGUUUGACAACCCCCCCCGCCUCCCGAACACAGACUCUACACUACACUGCCCCCCACCUCUUGAAGCAGGAUUUCAAUUACAUGGCUGAGUGGUGCCUUUCUAACCCAACAAAAGGCAGAUCCGGCUGGUUGGGAUGGAAACGGGAGUCAGGGGGUGAGACAGAGCCGGGGGGACAUCUCUCCAGACAAACACACACCCACAAAGCCAAACAUUACUACGUGAAUAUUCACACAAACACACAGAGGUGGUGAGUAGGUUUGUGCUACACCCCUUCCUGAUCAUGACAACUCAUAGGCGUUCUCACAGUUAGAUAAGUCUUUCGGUACCUGGAUGCUUGACCACAGAUGGUAAGCAAGAGCCCUUCAAUUCUCUAUUGUGCUAUUUUCUGUCUUUACAUGCCAUUUUGACAUAAAAAGGGUACAAUGCUGUGGAAGAUGUUAACCAUUUGGGCACCUGUUGUAUCAAUCACUGUCUAGAAGCAGGACAUGAGAUAGGGCUUCAUUAUGGUACUGUGAUCAUCUUUGUUGCGGAGGAAUAUACAGUGUUGCAUGCAGCUGCAGAAUGGGACCAAGCUGAGUGAGUGUGAUGUGAAUAAAAAGGAGGCAGGGGCCGGCUGCUGUGAUGAAAUCACUGUUUUAAGGGAAGGAUGUUUAUGUUGGUGCCAGAGAACUGAACCUGCUGAGCUGCUGUAAGGAACCUUGUGUGUUUUUUUUUCUUGAACUUUCCCUCAUAAAUUCAAG